AGUUUCGCUGCCGCAUUCAAUGUGUUGUGUAUAGUGUCGUGAGUGAACCAAAAUUUAGAUAACAAAAAUGUGAGAUCAAAACACGCAACAUUUUGAGUAUUCACGUAAUCUCAAAAAUAUUAUCCGGCACAAAAUAAUACGAUACUGAAAUAGCCGCUUACAUUAACAAGUUCCAACAAGUCCAAUGAAGUUAAGAUUAAAAUCAACGCAAACAAACUCGCAUUCAUAGGCGAUUCCAUUCAAACGAGUGAUAAGUUUUAUAUAUAAAAGGAAACAUAUUCAUUUUGUCUCUCAUAGCUAUCUAUAUCGCACGUUCAACAAUGUUAUUAGCCUCAGUUAUAUUAUUGCUAUCAAUAACUGGUAACGAUGCGGCUCGAAUACUGGCUAUGUUUCCAGUUCCGUCUAUCAGUCAUCAAGUAGUGUUCCGACCUCUCACUCAAGAACUUGCCAAGCGAGGACAUGAAGUCACGGUCAUCACACCAGACCCCGCCUUCCCAAAGGGAGGAGGACCACCAACUCUCAAAGAAAUUGACGUUCACUUCACAUACGAGGUAUGGAGUAAAAUGUUUGCAGUCACUUCUACAGGAGAACAAGACAUGAUUAAGCAAAUGGAAGUAGCAUUCAACCUGAUAGCUAAUAUAGUUGAAAUCCAAUUAAAAGUGGAUGAAGUGCAAAGAAUAUUGAAGGAAGAAAAGUUUGACCUACUUCUAGUUGAAGCUUGUGCUCGACCGACUUUGGUAUUAUCACACGUGUUCAAAGUACCAGUAAUACAAGUUUCGUCAUAUGGACCUUUGAACUUCAAUAUUGACACUAUGGGAAUGGCAUGGCAUCCUUUGCUAUACCCUCUGAACUUAAACCAGAGGCUUUACAAUCUGACAAUGAUGGAGAAAUUAAAAGAGGUAUGGAAUGUAUACAGACUUCACAAUCUCAUGGAUGAAGUAGAAGUUGCAGAGAACGCUAUGGCUAAACGUUUGUUUGGACCAAAUGUGGCAACGAUACAGGAAUUAAAGAAUAACGUUCAUAUGCUGUUGAUGAAUAUUCAUCCAUUAUGGGAGGAUAACAGACCAGUCCCUCCUAGCGUUAUUUAUAUGGGAGGAGUACAUCAAAAGCCCGAAAAGGAAUUACCAACGGAUCUCAAAACAUACUUGGAUUCUUCAAAAAAUGGCGUCAUAUACGUCAGCUUUGGUACAAAUGUUAAACCUUCGAUGUUACCUCCAGAGAAGGUACGAAUCCUGGUCAAAGUAUUCUCUGAGCUACCUUACGACGUGCUGUGGAAGUGGGACAAAGAUGAGCUCCCCGGACGUAGCAGCAACAUUAAGAUAUUCAAAUGGUUACCACAGUCCGAUCUUUUGAGGCAUCCAAAGGUUAAAGUAUUCAUAACACAAGGAGGCCUACAAUCAACAGAUGAAGCUAUAACGGCAGGAGUACCUCUGAUUGGAUUCCCAAUGUUGGGUGAUCAAUGGUUCAAUGUAGAAAAAUAUGAGUACCAUAAAAUCGGAUUACGACUUGACAUGAACACUUUGACUGAGGAACAGUUCAAGAGUUCAGUUGAAAAAGUCGUUGGAGAUAUAAGCUAUCGUAAAAAUACUGAGAGACUUCGAAGCCUAAUGCACGACCAGCCAAUGAAAUCAUUAGACAACGCGGUAUGGUGGACGGAGCACGUGCUGCGUCACGGCGGCGCGCGACAUCUGCGCUCUCCCGCCGCCAACAUGUCGUGGGCAGAAUAUUUAGAACUAGAACUAGUUUUUACCGUCCUCUCUAUAGCACUAAGUAUACUACUACUAGCUUCAUUUAUCCUUUAUAAGUUAUGUAAAUAUUUUGUUGGACGUCCUCUUGAUAAAAGAAUUAAAGCCAACUAAAUGAUCAGACUAUAUUUAUACUGAAAAAAUGGUGUAUAAUAUAGAUAAGACAGUGAUGUGUUGUUGUGUAUGAAGAUGGCCCCAGAUUAGUUAAGGUACUGAUUGUGUAAGAUUGUGUAAUACGUAAGUUCUCUAGUAAUUUAUUGUUUAAAAAAUUGUUUUAGUUACAUUUGAGUCAAAUAAAUCAAUGGUUUUAA